UGGACGUGUUUCGAUUGUAAUUUGUUUCCUACAUCAAAAAAAUAACAAUAUUUUCAUAAAAAUCAAACCCAGCCCCAUGGCUUGUUCGCUGAAUAUUUUUUCAUGUAUUGAGGAUGUAAACAGAGUAGUUUCUUUGCUGGCAGACAGCAAACAUCAUGGAGAAAAACAAGAUGAAGACGAGAACACUGAAUCCAAGACAGGAGACGAAUGGGACACUGAGAACUGGACAUGGAAGGAGGAAACAGAUAAUAAGGAAUUUUCAUCUUUGUGGCUUCAAGAUUGUUGUAUUUCACUUUCCCCGGCUAAUGACAGACUUGCUAUAGCAAGAGAUGACAAGGCUGUGUUUUUGACAUCUAAAUGGGACAAACAUGAUGCCAACAAGCAACACAACAAGUAUGAAAUAACAUGGAGUGGUAGUCUUGCUGUAGAGGAAGGGGAAUGUGUUACAGAUGUUCUGUGUAUACCACUAGCAUCCCAACACAGAAGCUCACAAGGUAGCCCAGACUGGACGUGUAUUGUAGCAGGAUUCACUUCAGGAUACAUGAGGAUUUUUCUACAGAAUGGCUCCUUGAUAUUUUCGCAACUUCUCCAUGAGGACCCGGUGAUACGACUCAAGUGCCGUACUUGGGAGCCCCACAGAGACUACGGCAAUGCUGAACAGAUAGAGGAACUUGCUAUUUUGUACCCAAAUUCUUUGGUUAUCAUAGAUGGGUUUAGCUUUUAUCAGUCAUUACGAGCCUGCAGAAACCAACUUGCUAGAGCUCAGGCAAGUGGACAGAUGGAACACACAAACCCCCCUCCACUAGCCUACAAAAAAUGGAGGUUUGAUGGGCAGAAAAUCAUCACAGAUAUUGCAAGCUGUGGCAUAAUCACCCAGAACCUGUUUGACCAGCUACAAACGGCGUCAUUCAUUGGUGGAUAUAAUGCAGUCAUAAGGGGUGCUGCACCAGCUAUGUCACAAUACAUGACUUCAGGCAAUGAACCAUUCCUUGCUGUGUACUCUGCUAUGGAGGGUAGCAGUCCCCCCUUGAUAUCAGAUGUUGCCAUAGCAGUGGCCAGUAAACUAACAUCUGCAGUGCUGUCCAGGUUAUCUGYUGCAGGAGGUUGGCUUGGUUGGGGAAGCAAACCGAGUCAGGCUACAGAAACAAAAAAUCCAGCUAAACCAAAAGUAGAAAAAGGAACCAAGUUAUCUGCCAGGUACGGUUUACCAGACUUUCAUCGUAAUGGCAGCAGCAUUAACUUGGCUCCAAAUGGCAAACUUGCUGUGGCGACAGAUGAGUUUGGUCGAGUUUUGCUACUGGAUAUCAAAAAAGGCAUUGCAGUUCGCAUGUGGAAAGGUUACCGUGAUGCUGAGUGUGGUUGGGUCAUUGUUGAUGAAGACCAUGAUCAUGUGAGUGUUGGAGGAGAUAAAUCUGCUCAGCAUGUGCGGCGAACAGCACUAUUCCUUGUCAUUUAUGCAGGCAAACGAGGUAUCUUAGAGAUAUGGCGGACUGAACAAGGGCCUCGAGUUGCUGCAUUUAAAGUUGGUAAAGACUGCAGGUUGUUGUAUGCUGGCCAUGGUAUAUUAGGACUGGCACACGUGCACAGACAGGAGCCUCCACAACACACUCUGAACUGUACACUGAUCCAUGGGGAUGGAACACUCAAGACAUUCUCUGUACCAUUCCACACUGCACUCAGUGACAAACACAGCAGACGAAUGAGAGAUUUACAUUUACUUAAAAAGCUGAGUUCAUUUCUUGAAACCAUCAAGUCUGAGAAUGGGGAUGAUAAUCCUGUUGUCGAUGAUACAGAAAAACAACUUCAAGACAUUCUAAUGGACAUUCAAACCCCACAGUUACAACGCCGAGGUCUGCAGUUUGUUUUGGGUACUGUAAGCUUGUCAGGGAUGACUAUGGUCAAGGCUGUCUAUACAGUCAUUGAAAACACCAAUAAACUAGGUAACCUGACAUUAGUUGAUGAGGAUGAUGAUGAACAUGAGGAUGUAGAAGGCCUGUUAAGAUUCUGUACCAUUCAGAAAAACCUGUUACAAACACAUAGCAGUAUUCAGCAGCUGUCACUUGAUCAGGAUGAUGUAAUGGAGGGUGUCAAGACCCACAAAAACCAGGAAUUGGCAGUGGCGCAGUUAUUAGGCGUUACAAAGUCAGAAGCAGUAGAAAUAUUAACAAGUCUUAACAAGUACUACGCAACUCAACCUGAACAGCCAACCAAGCCUGGUACCCAGUCCUUCUCUACCAACAACAUGGCUGUUACUACAUUCCUGAGAUGCUUUGAGUCAACUUCUGACCAGCACAGUCAGCAGUCUAGUAAUCAUGAUAAACAAGAGCCAAGUGGGUCAAGGACAUCAAACGCRAUGGAGUAUGUCAACCUUAAGAAAGGGCUAUCAACAGAAAUGUACCUUAAGCUAGCAAAUUUCAUGUUCAAGUCAUCACUGAUGAAUCCAUCCCAGACUGAGUGUCUUCGCCUUCCACUAGACUCAUCAGGGAUAAACCCUGUCCAUCUAAUGGACAUGUUGGUCACCCUGUGGUUAUCCUGUAAUGAAGCCCUUUUUGAUCAAUGUGGUACCAUGUUCUCGCUAUAUGCCAUCGUGUCUAUAAUCAGUUCCUUAGCAGGGAGUGAACUUGCUGGUGAUUUAGAAUCUAAAACAGCAGAUGACAGUUCUGUAUCACCUUGGUGGGAACAUGUGCGUAUCUCUCUUGCUGAGUCUACCUCUGUUGGAAGGGCAUUGUCUCUUGCAACUGUUUGCCGUAGUGUGGCCUUGGGUAUGAGCACUGCUGCUAAGAAAGUGCAGAGUGAAGAGAAGGAGGAAGAGUGUCAAGCACUGUUUGUAGGAGAAUGGGUGUCGAUAUCAGUUGAAAUAGAGCGGUGGAAUCUGCUUAUAUAUCAGUUAAAUGACCUGAUAUCAUUAAAGAUGUUUAUUGAUCGCUUACCGGUCAUCUUAGGCCAGGAAACCCGUUCUUUGAACUGUAGGGAAAAUGGUUCUGAGCGUGUGGAACUGUCUGUACUUGGUUUUCUUAGUGCAGGUAGUGGAGCAGCAUCACAUGUUCUAGCGCAGUUCCUCGUACUCUACAAUGUUCCUCCAGAGUGUCUUGGACAGCCAAAGAGACUGGGACCCAUAACAAUGGAAACACCAGAGGGGGAGGGUGGGGAUGAUGAUAGACCAGAGGAAGUAGACAUAGAAGUAACAGAUGAAAAUGAACUUGAGGGUCUUGGUGAGUUACGUUCUAAAUUCCCUAACAGUCUGCAUCAAGAUAUUUUAUGGGCUUCCUGUGCCAUAGAAUGUGCUGUGCAAUGGGCUGCUGAAAAGGAGAGUAUUGACAAGUUGCACUUAGCAGUUGCCCAUAUUCAGUGUAUUCAUUGUCUUGGCUUAAAACACGGAAUAUCUGUUUUACUCUGGAAAAAGUAUUUCAAGGAGAAGAUUUCUGCAGCAGUAUCGCUAAUGGAGAAGGUUGGCAAAGCUCCCAAGGAUCGACUUUGUCGAAAGGCCAUAGAUGUAAGCUACUCUUCUCUAGUUGAAUUCCUUAAAGAAGUUAAACAGAUCCUUGAGUUAAUAUCACAGAUUGACAUGUCAGAGGCGGAAGUCUUGGUGUUGCGGAACGAGGAUUUCUGGCACCAAGGAGAUGGCAUUCGCAGGACCAUCAUUGAAGAGGCCUUAGAUCAGCCCACCAGUAAUGUCCCUCUCAUAGAGCUCCACAUCAUAUUAGUGACCAUUAUGUGGAUCAUCAUGGGGCUUGAUAUUAAAAGUGUGCGACCACUGUCUCUCUUUGAUACUAUGACCAAAGGAGCAUUCCUAAAGGACCUCAGUACCAGUCCACCUCUGUCUACUGGUUCUGUAAAUGACAGUAUCACCCAGGCGCGACUCAAGUUCCUUACUCGUGCUCUUUCAACGUACAUCACAUCGAUGUCAUCAAAACCUGAGGACUCAUCAGGAAACCACACCCACAAAUCAAAAUCAGUCGUUGAUUGGCCCACAGUGAUACUAUGGGUUGGCAAGGAACUUGGGAUGGAUGUUGAUCGUUUGCGCUGUAAUUAUGUGUGUGAGCUGUAUUCAGCAGGCAUGGAUAGCAUGGGAUCUGAGGUUCUGCUUUCUGUACAAAACAAGCAAACUAUUGGAUCAAGCUUACUAAGCAUUGUAGGACAGCGGCUUGCCUGUAUCCUGAAUGAGUCUGAAUCAACUAAGAGUGUCAAUCAACUUUCUCGAUUACCAACAAAUAUUAGUCGAUGGAUCAAGCGCCAGGACUCUUCAAAGUUGGUUUGUCGCAGUGUACCUCUGCAUCAAACAAGAGAUCUUCUUGCUAACAUUCUGACAUUAAUUCCAAGAGACUCUGCAGACUUUACAUUAGCAUCAAACUUAUCAGACACUUUCAGAUCUUUGAUUUCAUGAAAACAAGUGUUAAAAGAAACAUCCUAUCAUCUUGAAUGGCUCGUAAUCAGAUUGAUGAAUUUGAAAAACAAAACAGGAUACAUUUCAUUUAACAAAAACAAUUCUACUUGUUGAAUUCUCUUCAAGACUGUCCAAUCACAUUGGGAAACAUGCAGCUUAUUACAAGGGACGCCAGCGGGAAUUGGGAAUAGAAAGGAAAAGCACAAGAAUACAGAAAUGCAAUCUACAUUCAAACCAAUCUCUCACCUCACAAACUCUAGAAAUAUAUUACAAAUUCAUAAAAUCAAUUUUAUAGAUUAAACCUUUUAUCAAAUGUUAUUGGAUAUAUAGCUUAUAUUUUAGAUCAAUACUUCCAGUAAAUAAAUAAAUACAUGACCAAUGAA